CUAUCCUCCCAACAUAUCCUCAAAGUUUCAUGGCAUCUCGAUGUUCCUGAGCUGAGAUCGAAUUUUGAGGGAGGAGGGGGGGGGCUUAAGAGAUUGUUUUUUUCAUAUAAGUAUUUCUUUUUAUUUAAGACUCAAAUGCUUCCUCAUCUCAAGCUGGUGGUACUACACAUAUUCAAGAUAUUGAUGCUAGUGAUCUCACUAAUUUCUUCUCAGGUAGAAGACUUGCUGCUUCUGAUGAUACUCCAUCAAGUAAUCGUCCAUCUUCGUCCAGUUUAGAUCCUGAAGUUCUCUAUAAUACCGCCCAUCAACAUCCGACAAGUUAG